UGUAAUACAUUUUAAUUUUGCAACUUAUAAAGCGUUAAAAUAUAUGUUUAAAUUAUAUUUUAAAACUAGUGUAGGAAACAGCAAAUGUAAAUCAUUAUAGCACAUAUAUGGAAAAUGUAAAUUUAAAUACAGAAAUACAUUGCCAUUUUACAUAUUGCAUUGCCAUUUGGCAUAUUACACUUUAAAUUGAAUAUUGCUACACAUGUGCUUCCAUACACAGUUACAUGUACUAUGUAUACAUCCAAAUGAAUCGAUUUUGAAUCGAGAUCGAAAUUGAACAGCAAGCUUAUAAUCGAAUCAAUACUCCAAGAUGAACUCAAGUUGGCAGUAACUUUUGAAAAAAAAAAGGAAAACAGCAUUGAUUCAUAUAAAAUGACUUAAUGAUCACCAGUGUUGGAUAGGAAUAUUAAAUGAGUGCUAUGAGUUACAUAUAUGAAAACCUAUGAUGAAAACAUGUGCGCGCAGUACUGUACUUCGCCGCUAGAGGGCAUCGGGCAGGAAAUGAGGUGACUCCUUAGAAAACAACAUCCGGUAUUAUGAUGUUAAAAUAUUAGGUUUUCUCUCGUGUGCUGAAAAAGUUCAGCAGCAGACACUGAUCUCAGACAGACACAUUUAAGGUGUGUUUCAGUUGUCAGUGAAGUCAUGAUGGCGAAUCCAAUGAGUGUUCAGACUCUGAGUAAGACAUGGGAACUUAGUCUAUAUGAACUCCACCGAACGCCACAGUCGGUGUCUUCAUUUCCAUAAAGUUAAGUGUCCUCAUUUUCUGCGUCAAUAGCAGCACCAAAUGGAAUAAUGGAGGCGAUUAUGGACAGCACAGAGAUUGCUGUGUCGCCCAGAAGUCUCCACAGUGAGCUUAUGUGUCCCAUUUGUCUGGACAUGCUGAAAAACACCAUGACCACCAAAGAGUGUCUGCAUCGUUUCUGCUCCGAGUGCAUCGUCACUGCGCUCCGAUCAGGAAAUAAAGAGUGUCCAACCUGCAGGAAGAAGCUUGUGUCCAAGCGUUCUCUUCGCGCCGACCCAAAUUUUGAUGCCCUGAUCUCUAAGAUGUACCCUAGCCGUGAUGAGUAUGAGGCCCAUCAGGAUAAAGUUCUGGAGCAGCUCAGUCGACUGCACAACAAAGAGGCACUCAGCAGCAGCAUUGAGCAGGGCCUGCGCAUGCAGGCCAGACACAGAGCUCAGCGUGUCCGUAAGCUGCAUCCAGAGAGUGAAAACACUACCUUCAGCGGUGGUGAGGAUAACGGUGACACUCGUUCACAUGUCUCGCACGACUCUGCCCCUUCACACCAUACCUCUGCCCCGGCAAGCUACGCUCCAGAGGCCGGACCGAGUCGCAGUAAAAAGCAGCAAAUGUCUGAUGAUUCUGGACCUGAGGCUUUUGGAGAGAGUUGUACACCUCCUGGACAACUGCCAGGCCAUGGGCCAAGCUCAGAAAUUGAACUUAUAUUUUGCCCACAUCCCCUGCUGGUCAACAACCAACAGUACAGCCAGACAAGAUAUGUCAAAACCACAGCCAAUGCCACAGUAGACCACCUCUCCAAAUAUCUGGCUCUCCGCAUUGCUCUGGAGGACAGUCAAAGUGAAACGCAGGCGAACAGAAACAUGGAGGGAGAGCCAGGAGCUACCAGCAACAGUAGUCUGCAGGAUGUCAGUGAAAAACAGUUUACAAUCUAUAUCAGCACAACAGGAGGACAGUUCUCUACACUAAAUGGCUCUUUGACUUUGGAGCUGGUGAAUGAGAAGUUCUGGAAGGUCUGUAAACCUCUAGAGCUCUUCUACGCUCCUACACAAGACCAGAAGCAGCAACAGAAUCAGACCCCUCAACUGGGGCAGACAGACGAAAGCCAAGGAAAAUCAUCUUUAAACUAAAGGCGAAUAACGAUCUCUUUAUGCAGAUAUAUUCAACUGUGACUGCAACUCCUGAGCUUAGAGACAGUCUAUCAAGUUCACCACACUACUCCUGCACAAAUACAUGAACCUCCUGUCUAUACCAGUGCUACUCAAAACCCCACCACUGCACAUUUUGGAUAUAUCUCUUAUCAGACACAUCCAUUUUGGGUUUUGCAGUCUCUACUAAUGAGCUGCUAAGUUAAAUCAGGUCUGUUUCGAUGAGGAAGACAUCCAAAAUGUGCAGUGGUGGAAGGACAGGUUAAAGAAGUACUGGUCUAUACAACUAGUCAAUCCACACCACUGAAGGACUGGAGAUCAUGUAGAUCAGUGUUGCCCACCCAUUUUUUUUUUUCUAGCGUACCAUAGCAAAGCAGUUACAUAGACAAGGCAAUAAAGGUAAAUUUGUAGAAACUAAGGGUUUGUCCCAAUAGCUACACUUGUGGACACUUGAGUGUGCAUGCAACAGGAACAAAGUGUUUAAGACCGUCUGAGGUCCAAAAAAUGCCUUAGUGUCUUUAACACACUAAAUCCACACUUUGUCUAAUAUUGGAUCGCAGUUGUUUCAAACUAAGCACAUCCCAUCAUUUAUCAUCGUCAGGAACUUAUACUGCCCAAAAUCGUGAUAUGUCAAGAAAAACUUUCCAAUGCAAGUUAAAUCAAUUAGAUAUUGCAUAUAAUUUGGCAGCAAAAAGAAAAAUGUUGCAGAGAUGUGUAUUUUGUAAAAUCUUUGCAACUGCUUUUUAUCACUUAAAUUAUAAGCACAAUUAAUAAAUUUGUUUUGUUACAAAUAAUCUUAUGAACAAACAUUUAACACCCCCCCCCCCCCCCCCAAAAAAGAAAGAAAGAAAUGUAAAUACAGCUUUGUAAAAACAUUGUAAAAACAAAGUUCCAUGGUUUUCACACCCACUUUGGCCAAAUACAUGCGAUACAUCUUGCAAGCAGACAAGUGAUCAUGCGCAAAGACUGAAAGUGUGGGUAUUAGGACAGACCCUAAAUUCAAUUUGCAGAUGUUGUAUUGUGGCAUGUUAUAGAAUCUCAGCUUAUUCUAGUAAAAUUACACGUGUAUAAAUAUUAAUGAGGAGUCAAAAAACUACCUCUGGACAGACUGUACUGAAGGGUCUGAGGAUUCUUGGUAGCAGCAACCUGUGUGUGUAUAGCCCAAGAGAGUGGCAAUGCAUUUGUAUUGUUUCAUUUGUUUUUGUUCAUUUAUUCAUAUAAUCAUUUAAUGAUUUAUUUUUACCAUCACUUAAUGUAAUGCUUCCUGCUUUUCCCCUUGGAUUGAUUCAAGAUGUUUCUGCUUACUGUUUAGAUACCAGACAAAACAGCUUCUGAUGGGAUCUGGGUACGUUUCUGAUUAUGUCAUUACCAAAGCAACCCAUACAGAUAAAUUGGUUAUGUCUGGAAACACAAAUCUUUUUUGAUCACUUGCAAUUAAUAGUGUGGACAGUCUGAAAAGAUCUAAGAAAAAAAAAGAUUUUCCUGCUAUCUGAACAUAGCCUUUGCGGCACAGCGGACAGGAUCAAACCUUGGACGAAAAUUGACUCAAUAUAGUCUUAAUUUUUAAAUGGAAGUGAAUGCAGUAACAUGAUCACAAAUAAUCAGACUAAUCAAUUAUUUAAAUCUAUUGACAACGGUUUUGUACAAGUUUUUCCAAAAAGCCCUAAGUUGCCUCUGGUAGAAAUGACUGAUACAGAUCUCUUAAUAAAUAAGACACCUUUUGCUCCAUGCUAAUGCUUUUGUAGUAUAGUCUUUUUUUUUUUAAUUGAUAGGAAUUACGGGGACAUAUGCAAUCAGAAUAGGAUAAACUGAUGUAGUGGCUCUAACUGGUUUUUAUUUUACCCUUGCCUUGAACAAAUGCAUUUUUUUCCCCCAUCAAUAAAAAGACAUUUAUACUUCACUGCA